UGUGUGCUUCAGAGAUUUGGGCAGGAGAAGGGGAGGAGCCCAGCGUCUCUGAACCCCUCUGUUACCCGUGUGGACCAUGGAACAGUGAAAAAUAAAUGUUCCUGGUUCACGACUCCAACAGCACAGAAGGGCGGCUGUUCUUCAUCCUGGAGCUUCCCUGCAGAACCAAGCAUAUGUAUAUAUAUAUUCCAGCAUAAAAGAGCUCAUCCUACAAGGAUGCUUUGAAGGUCCAAGAAGCACUAUCCACUCCAUGGGAGACCCGAAGUUCUGAACAUCAGCAUGUGAGUCAGUGAUGCAGCUUGUCACAGGACGUCAGCGUUCAGAGAAACCAGCAGGUCCAUUUGGCGCAGUGUCAUCAUCAUGUCAGGACAGGAGUUUCUUUGGUGGUGGAGUCAGAAGGAGAGUCUUUGAGAAUUCUGCAUGCUGGUGGCAUCAAGGGGCUUGGCGUCAGGAGCACUGGUUUGAGUUCUGGAACUGCUUGCCCAACCCUAGGGUCCUGAAACACUCUGUGGACGCCACCUGUGAGGAGCAGGGCCCAAGCCCUGGGUACCGCAUGGAGCUGUCCAUCUUCUAUGUGGUCUACUUCAUGGUCUUCCCCUUCUUCUUCGUCAACAUCUUUGUGGCCUUGAUCAUCAUCACCUUCCAGGAGCAGGGGGACAAGGUGAUGUCUGAAUGCAGCCUGGAGAAGAGCAAGAGGGCUUGCAUCGACUUCGCCAUCAGCACCAAGCCCCUGACACGGUACAUGCCCCAGGACAAGCAGUCAUUCCAGUACAAGACAUGGACAUUUGUGGUCUCGCCUCCCUUCGAGUACUUCAUCAUGGCCAUGAUCGCCCUCAACACAGUGGUGCUAAUGAUGAAGAACAAUUUCAUCAACCUCAGCUUUCUCCGCCUCUUCCGUGCUGCCCGGCUCAUCAAGCUGCUGCGCCGAGGCUACACCAUCCGCAUCCUGCUGUGGACCUUCGUCCAGUCCUUCAAGGCCCUGCCCUACGUGUGUCUGCUCGUCGCCGUGCUGUUCUUCAUCUACGCCAUCAUGGCAUGCAGGUGGGUUUUUGGAAAUAUUGCCCUGGAUGAUGACACCAGCAUCAACCAGCACAAUACCUUCAGGACGUUUUUGCAAGCCUUGAUGCUGCUGUUCAGGGGUGCCACUGGGGAGGCCUGGCAUGAGAUCAUGCCGUCUUGUCUCAGCAACCGGGCCUGUGAUGAGCACACCAAUGCCAGUGAGUGUGGGAGCGACUUUGCCUACUUCUACUUCGUCUCCUUCAUUUUCCUUUGCUCCUUUCUGAUGUUGAACCCCUUUGUGGCCGUGAUCAUGGACAAUUUUGAGUACCUUACACGGGACUCUUCCAUCCUAGGGCCUCACCCCCUGGACGAGCUCAUCCGGGUCUGGGCUGAGUAUGACCCGGCCGCGUGCUCUGUGUUUGGUCACCCCUUGCGUGGUAGAGGCCUGGAGGAGAUGGUCAGUGUCGUCGUG